AUGAGUACAGAAAGAUUUCUACCUGAUAAGAAGAGUAAGUUGGCCGCCACAAUUUUUGGUGAAGAAUUGGAGAGAUCAAUGGUGGGACGGUGGGUGGCAAAGGAUGAGAGAGGUGAUGAUGACGAGCAGACAAUGAUAUCAAAGACUGUUGUUUUUGCGGUAGAAUCCUUCACUAUUGAUACCACUGAUGGGGUUAAGCUUCACACUAUGCUUUUCACACCGAGAGGCGGAGAAGAAGAAGAAGAAGAUGAUGAAGAAGAAGAGGAGGAGGAAGAGAUGGGAGUUAAGAAAAAUGAGGACAUCGUGGUUGUUUUGGUGCAUCCGUACUCAGUUUUGGGUGGUUGCCAAAUUCUCCUGAGAGGGAUUGCAAGUGGGUUGGCAAGAAAAGGCUAUAAAGCUGUGACUUUUGACAUGAGAGGAGUUGGGAGAUCCACUGGGAAGCCUUCUUUAACUGGGUUCAGGGAAAUCAAGGAUGUGGUUUCUGUCUGCAGAUGGGCUUCUCAGAAUUGUUCUUCUAAUCGGAUUUUGCUUGUGGGUUCUUCUGCAGGGGCUCCGAUUGCUGGCUCUGCAGUUGACCUGGUUGAUCAAGUGGUUGGUUACGUGAGCAUUGGAUAUCCAUUUGGUUUUAUGGCAUCUAUCCUCUUUGGUCGACAUCACAAAGCUAUCAUCAAGUCUCCCAAACCAAAACUUUUCAUCAUGGGAACAAGGGAUGGAUUUACUAGUGUUAAACAGUUAAAGAACAAGCUAAAGUCUGCUAAUGGCCAUGUAGAGACUCAUCUGAUUGAGGGCGUAAGCCAUUUCCAGAUGGAAGGCCCUUCAUAUGAUGCUGAAAUGGUGAAAUUAAUCUUACGUUUUAUUCAGUCACUUUAG